AUAGUAAGAUUUCACAGUGUUCAUCAGAACCACCCACCUUCACCAUGCAGUCCAAGAGCCUCCUCUUCUUUGUGGUGUGUCUGGCCCUGGGAGCUCUGGAAGCUUUGGCUGCAGAAGGUUAUGGAAAAAAAGGUGUAAAAGCUGGAGCCUGCCCUGCUAGAAAUCACGUCCUGUGUGUUAGGUAUGAGAGACCUGAAUGCAACAGUGACUGGCAAUGUCCGGGGAAAAAAAGAUGCUGCCCUGAUUUUUGUAACCGCAAAUGCCUGGAUCCUGUUGUCAUCUCAAAAUCAGAAAGGAAGAAGCCUGGGAAGUGCCCAGUGGUCAUUGCUCAAUGUCUGAUGCUUAAUCCCCCCAAUUUCUGUGAGAAGGAUAGCCAAUGUGAGGGUAACCUCAAGUGCUGCAAGAGCAUGUGUGGGAAAGCCUGCGUUCCCCCUGAGUAAGCUUGAUUCCUGUCAUUUGGGCAAGACUCUGGAUUUACGCUGUGUGUGGCCUGGAAAUUCCCUUUCUGUUCCCAGGUUUGGAUCCUAUGGCAAGGAUUUGGUUCCACCACCAACCCCUCUUUUUAGCAAACUCUUGGCAUGUAGGCUUUCAGGAAAUAAGGUUGAUUUGUGAAUAAAUAAAUGAGCUUAUCUCUU